AUGACUCGUCAUGGAAAGAACUGUACAGCCUCGGCAUUUUAUUCAUAUGCGGAGAGACAGAGAGACGCUAAAGCCAGCGGGUAUGGGACACUUCACGCCAGACUUGGAGCUGAUUCAAUUAAAGAGUUCGACUGCUGCUCAUUGACGCUUCAACCAUGCAAGCAACCAGUAAUCACUCCCGAUGGAUAUCUUUUUGAUCGAGAGGCUAUAUUGGAAUACAUCGUGGCACAAAGGAAGUUAAUAGCAAAGAAAACCAAAGAAUGGGAAAAACAAAACGAAAAGGAGGAGGAGCUGAAGAAAAAAGCAGAAGAACAAGAACGAGCCGAUCUUUUGAAGAAAUUCAAAACGUUUGAGGGAACUCCUGCUCAUAAAACAUUAAACGAGGAAAAAAAACUGAAGCGACAUGCAGAAGGAGGAUUUGCUAGUGAACCCGCUGAAAAAGUCAAGGCGACUGGCAAUGAAGUUGCAAGCAGCAACAUGCAUGGAGAGAAAUCGAAGAAACUUACUUCAUUUUGGAUUCCCGAGUUGAAUCCCACUGCAGAACCUUCAAAGAUAGAAAAGCCAAGUCAAAAAGUGCUAUGCCCAGUCUCGAAUAAGCCACUCAAGCUCAAAGAGUUGCUGGAGGUUAAAUUCACGCCGAUGCCAGAUGAUGGUGCAAAAUCUAUAUAUUCAAAAAAGGUUCGUUGCAUGUGCCCUGUUACCUACGAUGCUCUGACAAACACUACUCGAUGCGCCUAUUUGAAAACAUCGAAAGUUGUAGUAAAAUGGGACGUCGUUGAAAAACUCAUUAAAUCAGAGGAUACAUGGGUGGAUCCAAUCAAUGGAGAAACGGAAAGUGAUAUAAUUGAACUCAAGAGAGGUGGUACCGGAUAUGCUGCAACUAACGAAGUGAAAGCAAAAUUGCUUCGUCCACAACUAGAAUUACAA